UUUGCGGGAAAAAAAACUGCAGGCAAACGGCGUCGUUGCACAUGAAUUUGUGACGCAUAAACUGACAUAAAAGAAAUGAUAACCGAAAUACAAGAUGGGGGUCUUCCUCUCUGUCUCUGACACAAGAUUGAGAAGGAUUUGAGUAUUUGGAACCGAAGAAAUAAUGCUUCUCUGAACGAUAUCACUCAGUCCGAUCUGUACCCACUUGCCCAUUUCUCUCCUCAAUCUCAUUCAAUUAAAUUAUCCCUGGUAUUCUUCGUUUUCAGUCACAUGGGCUGAAGAAUGGGUAACUAAUGGCGGUAGCAGAAGCAAGGGCUGCUUGGCAGAGAACAGCUAAUCGAUGCUUCGUCCAAGAAGAUGCCAAAAGAGCUCCAAAAUUAGCUUGCUGCCCUUCCGCAUCUCCAUCAUCCAAACAGGUUGAUGCAGGAGGUGCAAGUGCAGCAGAUGGGCAAGAUACUCCUACCACGGGUUUCCUUCCCCCUGACAAGAAACCUUCAUAUUCUAAUCUCUCCCCGGAAUCUAGGUGGUGGCUCCAGAUUCAUCCUGAUUAUGGGUACCAAAGGGGUUUAACAAAUGAAACUGGCAAAGUUAGCAAUGUCUGCAUGCAGAAUGAGGAUGAUGGUGGAGAUUCUGAUGACAACAUGAAUGCUGAACUCUUCCUUGACAAUCAUUGUAGAAGCUCUGCAACUUGUAUGAAAAAAGAUUCCAGGGUCAGAAAGCGAGAGCAAAAGGAUGUGAACACUAAGAUUUCCCAAGAUCCUCUUGAGCUUCCGGACAUGGACGAAUCCUUUGUACUAAUGGAAAUGGAUUCUGUUGGUUGCUCAGUUUCCAAACAACCCGAUGUGUUUUCUAUGGAUCCUGAUUGUACUUGGAUUGGGGGUGCCAAAACUGAACCAUGGUGGCGCACAGCAGAUAGGGAUGAAUUGGCUUUGUUGGUUGCACAGAGAUCAUUUGACCUUAUUGAGAAUUGUGAUCUUCCUCAGCCUCAGAACACAAGUGUUAAGAGGGACCCAUAUGCGCAUUUUUGGUGUUCUGAUUCUAAAGAGACUUUUUCCUCUCCCAUAUGUGGGAAGCUCCAAUCUGGUGGUCAUCCCAACCAAACUGUUCAUACAUGGGGCAAUCUCUGUUCAUGGAGUGCAUAUGGAAAACCAUUGGCCUCAGUUGAAGGGCAUUCACAAUCUGGUACUGAGAGACCCAUCAGUGAAUGCACAGCCGACAAAGCUGUGACUGAAACACAGAUGUCAGAGAGCGAUCCUAGCAGAGCUCAGCUAUUGGAAGCACUUCGCCAUUCUCAAACACGUGCAAGGGAAGCUGAGAAUGCAGCAACGAAAGCCUAUGCAGAGAAAGAACAUGUUGUCAAGCUCUUUUUCAGACAAGCAUCAUACCUCUUUGCCUAUAAGCAGUGGUUCCAACUUCUGCGGCUAGAAAAUCUAUACUUCCAGAUCAAGAACAAUAGAAGCCAGCCGAUAUCCACUAUAUUUCCAGUGGUGUUACCAUGGAUGCCUCUUAAAACUAGAAAAAUGCGGAGGAGCUGGCAGAAAGCUGCCAAGGGAAGACGAGCCCAGUGUGACCGUCCUAGAUGUGAUAUUAGCAAAUAUGCUAUUGUUUUUGCAUUGGGGUUGGGUAUUGUUGGUGCCGGUUUGCUCUUGGGGUGGACCGUGGGGUGGAUGUUGCCGAUCAUCUAAGCUUUCUAGAUGUUAUAUCUAAAUUUUCUGCUUGAUGUGAAGAUUGUAUUGAGGGGAGAGUUGAGUAGCUGUGUAUUUCAUUAGUUCUUGAAUUUAUGCAUAUAUUUAGAUCCCUUAGUUUUUUUUUUCCUAGUCCAUCUUAGUUUUUGUACUUCCAUGAGUUUCUCUUCUUGUACAAAUGGCAAGGUAUGUUGUUUUGUGUAUAUAUUUGAUGCAGACUGGGUCUGAUCUGAUUGCUGUUUGGCUAACCUUAUGCUGCCUUUUGUUUCUAUCUCUGUCGGAAGUGUUCUUCCUCACCCAGAAAUUUUUCCUCGCCCGUAGCGUAGUUUUUAAGGUCUAAUAGUUGUUGCAUUCUGCAGUGUGAUGUUGAGAUGUUCUACGUUGGUGCUCAUCUUGUAGAAGAAACUUUU